AUGAACGCCGUCGCCCGUCGAGCCUUUUCCUCGCGCUCAGCCAUCCGCGCACCGCCCGCACCCUCGUCCGCCGUGCCCAUGGCUGCGGCUCCUCGCACCGCCCGUGCUGGCCGCGUUGCCAUGCUCCCCAAGGCUUCCGAGCCUGUUGCUGCCCCUGCUUCGGUCAGCCACGUCAGCACUUCGGCCCCGCUCUCGCAGGAGGUCUAUCCGCAGCCCGGCAGUAUCUCUACCGCCCUCGAACAACCUAACGUGCUUCGUGUUGGCGAGAGCCACUAG